GUGCCGCCAGGCCCCCUCAGCUUUGAGGCGCUACUCGCCCAGGUGGGGGCGCUGGGCGGCGGCCAGCAACUGCAGCUCGGCCUCUGCUGUCUACCCGUGCUCUUCGUGGCGCUGGGUAUGGCCUCGGACCCCAUCUUCACGCUGGCGCCCCCACUGCAUUGCCACUAUGGGGGCUUCCCGCCCAAUGCCUCUGGCUGGGAGCAGCCCCCCAAUGCCAGCGGCGUCAGCGUCGCCAGCACAGCCCUAGCAGCCAGUGCCGCCAGCCGCGUCGCCACCAGUACGGACCCCUCGUGCAGCGGCUUCGCCCCGCCGGACUUCAACCAUUGCCUCAAGGACUGGGACUAUAACGGCCUGCCAGUGCUCACCACCAACGCCAUUGGCCAGUGGGAUCUGGUGUGUGACCUGGGCUGGCAGGUGAUCCUGGAACAGAUCCUCUUCAUCUUGGGCUUUGCCUCCGGCUACCUGUUCCUGGGAUACCCUGCAGACAGGUUUGGCCGUCGUGGGAUUGUGCUGCUGACCUUGGGGCUGGUGGGCCCCUGCGGAGUAGGAGGGGCUGCUGCUGGCUCCUCCACAGGCGUCAUGGCCCUCCGCUUCCUCCUGGGCUUUCUGCUUGCUGGUGUUGACCUCGGUGUCUACCUGAUGCGCCUGGAGCUGUGCGACCCAACCCAGAGGCUUCGGGUGGCCCUGGCAGGGGAGUUGGUGGGGGUGGGAGGGCACUUCCUGUUCCUGGGCCUGGCCCUUGUCUCUAAGGACUGGCGAUUUCUGCAGCGAAUGAUCACCGCUCCCUGCAUCCUCUUCCUGUUUUAUGGCUGGCCUGGUCUGUUUCUGGAGUCUGCACGGUGGCUGAUCGUGAAGCGGCAGAUCGAGGAGGCACAGUCAGUGCUGAGGAUCCUGGCUGAACGGAACCGGCCGCAUGGGCAGAUGCUGGGAGAAGAGGCCCAGGAGGCCCUGCAGGACCUGGAGAACACCUGCCCUCUCCCUGCAACAUCCUCCUUUUCCUUCGCGUCCCUCCUCAACUACCGCAACAUCUGGAAAAAUCUGCUUAUCCUGGGCUUUACCAACUUCAUUGCCCAUGCCAUUCGCCACUGCUACCAGCCUGUGGGAGGAGGAGGGAGCCCAUCAGACUUCUACCUGUGUUCUCUGCUGGCCAGCGGCACGGCAGCCCUAGCCUGCGUCUUCCUGGGAGUCACUGUGGACCGAUUUGGCCGCCGGGGCAUCCUGCUGCUGUCGAUGACCCUCACUGGCAUUGCGUCCCUGGUCCUGCUGGGCUUGUGGGAUUAUCUGAACGAGGCUGCCAUCACCACCUUCUCUGUCCUUGGGCUCUUCUCCUCCCAAGCUGCUGCCAUCCUUAGCACCCUCCUCGCAGCGGAAGUCAUCCCUACCACCGUCCGGGGCCGUGGCCUAGGUCUGAUCAUGGCCCUGGGGGCCCUAGGGGGGCUGAGUGGGCCAGCUCAGCGCCUCCACAUGGGCCACGGAGCCUUCCUGCAGCAUGUGGUGCUGGCGGCCUGUGCCCUCCUCUGCAUCCUCAGCAUCAUGCUUCUGCCAGAGACCAAGCGCAAGCUCCUGCCCGAGGUGCUCCGGGAUGGGGAGCUGUGCCGCCGGCCCUCCUUGCUGCGGCAGCCACCUCCUAACCGCUGUGACCACGUCCCGCUGCUUGCCACCCCCAACCCUGCCCUCUGAGUGGCCUCUGCACAUCCUGGCGGGAGGCUGACCCACACAGAAAGGUGGCGUAGGGCCCUGGCAAGGAGACUGGGAAGUGAGGAAGGCAGGGCUGCUGAGAAGGCUCAGAGGCACCUCACGCCAGCCG